AGACAGAGAAAAAUGAAAUGAAAUUCAACGUCAAAAACCGCCGUCACUUGCUGUAUAAAAAUACAGUGGAUUUCGCUCAGUUUUUCAAUAUUUUGGGUAUUUUUGCCUUUAGCUAUUGCGAUCUGAAAAAUGAGUUUAGAAUGCACAAAUAUUAUAUGUAACUGUUAAGGUUGUGAUGUACAUUUUAGCCCGAUAUGGGAAAAUUCAGCACUUACAGAUAUUUAGAGUUAAAAGAUGAUACCUCAACUUCACAUAUCAGCGUAAGGGCCAGAGCCCUGAAGCAACCGCGAAGACUAAAGAAAAUAUUUAUUUUGCUGCUUGUACUUGCGCUAUGUGCUACAUAUUUUUUGGGGCUUUUCGCAGGCCAGACACAGUGGUUCGAUGGGCUGGCCAAGAGCCUGGGCUACGAGAGCGUCUACCACCAUGCCGUCAUCAUCGACGCCGGCUCCUCGGGGACAAGGGUGCUGGCCUACAAGUUUAGAGUGCCGUUCACAGUAUUUGGUCAGACUAGUCUGGACUUAGUGGAUGAAUAUUUUGAGGAGACAAAACCGGGCCUAUCUUCAUAUGUGGAUGAUCCGGAAAAGGGUGCGGAAACCAUAUUGCAUUUAGUGAGGAGGUCGGAGGAGCGCAUUCCUAUCGACGCCAAGAAGAAACGGUCGACGCCGCUGAUCGUUCGAGCGACCGCCGGCCUGAGACUCCUGCCCGCGGACAAAGCGGAUAUGCUCAUUAAAACUGUGUCGGAAGCGAUAAAACAGCUGGGUUACGAUGUGGGCGACAACAGUGUAGAGAUUAUGAAAGGCUCCGAUGAGGGCAUCUUCAUUUGGUACACGGUGAAUUUAUUGCACAAUCUCAUGGGAGUAGAGACCAUGGCGGCGCUGGACUUGGGCGGCGGCUCCACGCAGAUCACGUACCAGUUGGAAGAGGAGGACACCAAGCUGUUUCCACUCAGUGACCAGUACAUCGUGCCGGCCGGGGAGAAUAUCACCAUAUACACGCACAGCUAUUUAAAGUUGGGUCUGUUGGCGGCCCGAUACGGUACGUUCAGCCUCGAAGCCAGUGACAACACCUCCAGCGUGUUCAAGUCUGUGUGCGUUGAUCCUAUUGUACAAAAUGAAAAGUGGACGUACGGCAACAAGCAGUAUGUUAUUAGCGGCGCGGCGCGGCCGGACAGCAUGAAGCGCGACGCGGUGUACGCGCGCUGCCACGAGCUGGUGAAGCGCUACGUGCAGCUGACGCUGGACUGGGAGCCGCGCACGGCGCCGCGCGGGGCCGUGGCCGCCAUGAGCUACUUCUACGACGUGGCGGCCGACGCCGGGAUUAUUGAUGUAAUGAAAGGCGGCACCGUGUCCGUGGCGCAGUACCGAGCGAGCGCCAUCAAGGCGUGCUCGGCGUCCAACGUCGACCAGCCGUGGGCGUGCGUGGACCUCGUGUACGUGGUCACGCUGUUGCAAGACGCGUACAAGAUACGGGACAAUGAGCGCAUAUCGCUUUUCAAAAAGGUGGACGGUCACGAAGUGUCAUGGGCCCUGGGGCUCGCUUACACCACAGUGAUGCACCGCAUCGCCACCGCACCAGCGGCUUAGCGUUAGCGAUACUGACUUUAUUUAUAGUAGGGGAGCCGAAGAGGGGAUUUUUGGAUGUACUCGAGCGCGACAGACGAACAUAAGGAACUAUAGGUUGCACGUUGUUGAGUACCUCCACCAAGUAUUUGCCCUUAAUAUUGAUGGGUAUGUUUGAGGCAAUAAAAAAAGCUAACAUCAGAAAUACUUAACCAGCACGUCAGAUAGGAUAAUGUUAGUUGAUAGUUAAAAGGUGUGCAUUUCGAAAAUCUAACAAUUGGAGGGAAUGGGAGGGUUCAAAGUUGCAAAAUAAUCCCUUGUACCCUUGUAAUCCUAUUCUCGAGCAACGAGCGCGUUUAAUACUUUUUUAAUUUUAAAGAAAAUUAUCCCCUGAAGAUUCGCUAUUUUCGGCCGAUUUCAGUUAGCCGAAGUAAAAAAUUGUCUUAAAGUCUGCAGUUUUUUACCCCGACGCUAAGAGCAAAAAAAAAACAUUAUACGAAAUACCUAUAUCUACCAAAUUUAAUCAGUCCAUAUGACGCUUAAGUAACUCCGAAUUUUGCAGCCUGGGCUCCCCUACUAUUGCAUUCAUUAUAUUUUAUAUUAUAAUCCUGAUUUAUUUCACUCUUAUUCCUAUUAGUUCAAUUCGAGAAAAUUGAUUAACAGAGAUUAUUAUUAAUUUAUUAUAAUUUCUAUUAUCGCUUAAUGUUCCUCGUUUUAUUGAUUUUAUAAAAUGACAUUAUGAUUGAUUUCUGUAUAUUUAUUUAAUUACAAUUUGACAAAAAAAUACAUUGAACUGAAACUGUUUAGACAAAUUAACUAUAGAAAUAGAAAAAAUGUAUUUUUCGGGCGUCAACGUGAUUAAGGAUUUUGAUAUUAACGAUUAAGAUUUUUCAAAGUUUUUACACUGAAUUUUGUAAUAAUAUCGACUCAAUUUUUAUACUGAUGUUGUUUUCAAGACUUUUUGUCGACGCAAUUGAUUUUCUACUUUUAAUAUGCUCGUUUACUCACGUGUUUGUAAAAAAAAAAAAUAAACUGUACUCUGCAUACUCGUUUUGUACGUGUUUAUAGUUCGCACUAAAUCUUAAAUUCAGCGAACAACGCUUUGUAAUAGAAUACGCGUUCAUUGAGUUCUAUGUUGACUAGAGAAGCUGUUCCAAGCAAAAACAAUGUCGCAUAUACUAUGUGCGCUGUAGCACGGUGCGGGUGACAGUUGCCUUAUGUCGUUCAUAACGCCUUGAACAUACUAUUAUCGUGAAUCCAUUGACCUCUUAUUAUAAAAGGACGCACAGUCAUGUAGAAAAUUUCACUUAAAAACUGGCCAGUUUUGCUUUGACAGUUUUAGAAUUACUGGUAAGGAAAAUUGUACCUAAAGGCCUUUUAAUAAAGUCCAAUAUUCAAUAAAAUCCCAAAUUCAGAUCAAAUUCAACCUUAAGGAUUGAGUUUAAAGUUGAAUUUACAAAUGCGACUACUUGAAUUGAGUGCCAAGAAAUUGUGUUUGGCACUCAUUGAGUGUUGUGAGUGAGUGAGAGUUUUUUGGUUGCUGAUUGUGCAUCCACUUUUUAAUAGGAAAUCGCUGCGUGAAUCGCGAAACUUUCAAGAGUUAAACGAACUGUCACCCGCACCAUGCUAUAGCGCACGAACUAAAGCUAAUUGUAGUAUUUGCUGCACAAGUGUGACACUAGUUAACUCUACCCAUACUAUUUUACUAUGCAGCGCUAGAUCACUUAAAGAAUAUUUCUUGCGACCUUAAUGCCAUGAAUUAUGUGGUGCUUACCCUUUUCACUCAGCUUAGUUAGCUAGUGAGAAAGUAUGAAGUGGGGCGAUAUCGCCGCAGCUGAACGGCAGUAGAUAUGAGCGGUGUCUUCUCUAGUAUGUAUAGUAACUCAAUGUAUGCAUUGCAUUAUUCUUUGUUGACAUCAAUGCCAUUGCACUGCAGGCUAAUUCACUAUCUUUGACGUAUGCUAACUUAUACGAAAUUGAGAACUUUUAUGUAACAAAUGUCAUCCGAUGCUUACUGGUGGAUAUUAUAUAGUAUGUAGAUGACACUUUGUCAAUUGACUUGUUGUCCACUACAAUAUGUUGAUAUCAAAGAGCAAGAUAGUGAAUCAGCUGCAGGCUAAUUCACUAUCUUUGACGUAUGCUAGUUGACAUUUACGAAAUUGAGAUUCUAUGUAACAAAAUGUCAUCUGAUGCCUACUAGUGGAUAUCAUCAGUAGGUAGAUGACAUUUCUCAAUUGAUGUGAUGUUUAUUUUAAUAGGUUGAUAAUAAAGACCGAAAUAGUGAAUAGGCCAGCUGGUUGUAUAUCCACGUACUUUUAAUAAUCAAAUGCUUUAGUGCGAAUUAUAAAGCUUAUUUUUCUUUGUUAUAUUCAAGAGAUUUCUAUGACUUUAUAGUGCUAAUUGAUUACUGAUGUGCCUGUAUUUGAACCAGUGAGAACUAUGCUUAACAAAAUUAAUGUGCAACACGCAAGUUCUUAUUUUACACUCUUCGUACGAACUGUAAACAUAAUUUUUCAUAUAAAUAAUAUUGUCUAAUUUCUUACUGUGUCUUAAUGGUUGUAUUGUAAAAACAAUAAAUUUUAUUUAUUUUACUAUUACUACACCAAUAUAACAAUUAUGUUAUUGCUUUGUCAAAAUAAUAAAAUAUUACCAUUGUGCUGUGUUAAUUUUAUGGUGACCAUGUGAUUUUCUAUGAAUUUUACAUAAAUAAUAUUGUAUGUGAAAUAUUUCAUUGUGAAUAAUAAUAGUAUUUAAAUGACAUACUUAUUCGAAUAGAUCUUACUGUGUAUUUUGUGAUAGUGAAAAUUAAAGCGUCUAUUUAUAUUUAUAUAUCUUCGGCUGGAUGGAUGGGGUUGUAACAGAUGUUACAGAAAUAAUCUACUCGGACUGUUGCUAGAGUUUUGUGCGACUGUAUAGUACUUGCCAGUUUGUGUACUUUUUGUAUGGAGAUCAGCGACCUUUUUUUUUUUUUUUUUUUUUUUUUUUUUUAUUCUUUACAAGUUAGCCCUUGACUACAAUCUCACCUGAUGGUAAGUGAUGAUGCAGUCUAAGAUGGAAGCGGGCUAACUUGUUAGGAGGAGGAUGAAAAUCCACAGCCCUUUCGGUUUCUACACAGCAUCGUACCGGAACGCUAAAUCGCUUGGCGGUACGACUUUGCCUUAUUAUGUAUCUCGGUGUGCCAUUCAAAUAGUGAGUCACUACAUCGUUUUUCAUCUUAUAUUCGUUUUGGUGAUCAUUUGACAUACUUAUUUCAACGAAAUGAUCUUGACUACACCAUUUUACAUCCAAUGACAGUGAUUUUUUGUUUUAAAGAUCAUCUAACUUUAAUAUUUUAACGAAAUUACGUAAAUACCAGAUUUUUGUUAAAAUAACGUUACUGUAAUGUAAAUUUACGUAAAAUGAGGAUAAUUAUGUAAUUUCGUUGUAAAAACAAAAUUAGAUGAUUGCAUAAACGAAAAUACGAUGAAAAGCGAUGUACCUAGUGACUGUUUACUCGUAUUUGAAUGGUACACUGAGGUACAUAAUAACCCUGCAGAUGUAGUGCGUAUUACGUUGAAUGUACGUCAGAUGCAUUGCGUAUUACAUUGGUUGAACGUCAGGUGCAUUGCGUAACACAUUGGUCGGACGUAAGAUGCAUUGCGUAUUACAUUGGUCGGACGUCAGAUGCAUUGCGUAUUACAUUGGUCGGACGUCAGAUGCAUUGCGUAUUACAUUGGUCGGACGUCAGAUGCAUUGCGUAUUACAUUGGUCGGACGUCAGAUGUAUUGCGUAUUACGUUGAUUGCACGGCAAAUGUUUUGGCGUAUAACGUUAGUCGGUGAAGGUCGUUUCUAAUACUGAUCUUAGACAAUUAGAAAAAACCUACACUCAUUUGUUUAUUGGAUGAUAAGUGAUUUAUAUCAAAAUGCGAGUAGGUUGCCUCAAAAACUUUGGCCAAACUAUCAUUAAUUAUAGUUAAUAAUAGUUUGGCCAGGAAAUUUUACACAACCUGCUAUAUAUUUUUCAACGUACUAAAGAUAGAAGACACUCCAUCCAUUCAGAUGGGUGAAGGUCGUUUCUAAUACGGAUCUUAGACUAGUAGAUGCAUUACGUAUUACGUUUGUCGUACGGCAGACACAUCACGUAUUACGUUGGUCGGGCAUUAGAUGUAUUUAUUAUUUUUUGUUAUUUUUUUUGUAGACCUUGUUAAUUAAUUUAGAGAUUUGUCAAUAAUGGGGUGCACUCAUUCUUACCAGAUAUUAUUUUUAAAAAGUAUUAUAUGUAUUUGGGAAUCUCAACAGUGAAAAAAUAAUUGAAAUUUUUAUUUAAUCUACUAGAAGACUUCAUAAUUUCAGACAUACUUAAUGAUUUCUCUACUUGAUAUCAAUGCUCAAAUUUAGCAAAUAACUAUUAUAGACAGAGAGCCAGCGACACCCAGACCUUCGUCAUUUUAUAAAAGCUGAAAGUUUGUCAGCUCAUGCUUCUACCUUAAAUAUCAAAAUCGUAACCAUCUAUGGCGCUUGGAUUGUGGUGGCUUUGAUAUAGCAGGUUUCAAGGAUCCAGACCCUCAAAGUACCUAUAAAGUAUGUUUUUUUUUACAUUUCUAUCGGCAUAAUAUGAGAAAUUAUAUCCCUUUCCGCCAGAAACUUGGCUUUAUGGCAACCCUUCGCUAGAUACCCUUGAAGUUUCAAGUAAAAUGGUGUUUUUCGAAGGGUUGCCGCGAAACUAAGUUACUGGCGACUGGGAAUAUAAUUUCUCAUAUUAUGCCGAGGGAAACAAAGAAAAAAUUACACUUUUUAGUUAGACGGUUGAGGGUCCUUAAAAUCUGCCACCACGGUCAAAACUCCAUAAUUGGCUACCGUACUUACGUAGGUAGGAUCAUGAGCUGACAAACUUUCAGCUUAUAUAAAAUGACGAGGGUAAGUUCACGGGCUCUUAAGACUAUUAAUUUUCUUAUAUAUAUUUUUGUGUUUAGUUAACUUUAAGUAUAAAUAAUACUGAUGUCUGAAAGUUUAAGUUCCUAAUGCAAAUAACUUCAAGUUGUCUAUCGCCUGGAGUCUGGACAUACGCGCACAACACUAAUGCACACAAAUGAGUCGACUUAUGUUCUGUAGUCGAAUAUUUUAAUUUAUAAAUAUUGUAUAAGAGGAAGAAAACAUUUUCAGUUUAAUAUAAAUAGUGAUGUAAAAUGUUUUAAAAUUAGUUACACAUUUCUGGGACUCUGGUCGUGUUAUGGCAGUCACACACGUUGAUGUUUUAAUUGCAGUCCCGUUUCAUUAUAGAUUGUAACAUCUAUUUUAGAAUUUAAAUUAUCGUGAGUGUUAUUCAUAUAUUUUUUUUUUUAUAAAACAUGUCUAAAACUCACGUGAUAUAACGUCGGAGUAUACCCGACUAAUUUUGAACCUGUACGGGGCCCUUUUUUAUGAGAUUGUAUCAUUCUUUUAGCGUGGUUUCAGUCAUGUUCUGGCCAAUAAAGCUGACAAGUUUGUUUGUUUGUACAUGCUUAUCUUUGAAUUUUAUUUCAGUUUACGAUGUAUGUAAUGUAGACGUUGCAGGCCACAACUACAGAUAUUACCUGUAUUUAUUAUCAUACUUGUCGCACUAGAGGUCGAUUUAAUAGUUAAAAAUCUUUUAUAGAGUUAUUCGGGUAAUACAACUGAAAUUAUUAAAAAAUCAUGGCCUAUGUUAUUUAAAAAAAAUCCCUACUGUUUACUGUACUUCUGAUACCUAUUGUCUCACAUAAAAGGGUCGCAUAUUGUGUUUAUUCUUUUAUUUAGUGUUUUAAUUGAAUUUUAAAACACGGGUGCAUUUACCAUUGCGUUAUAAUGUGACGUGUGUAGCUGCCAUUACAGAUGUCUUUUCAUUAGCUUUCAUUGCACUGUUUAUCUAUUGUAAGUGACUAGCGGAUCGGUGUUUAAGUAAAUUGUACAAAAUUUAAUAAAUGUUAUAUUUUA